CUGCUGUCGAGGAAGCGUGCAAGGUGUCAUCACGCUCUGGUGAAUAGCUCGGCUGGAAACUAUUGUGAUAACCAAAAGUUGAACGCAAACUUAGGAGAGCUUAUUAACAAAGUUUUUUAUUUAUAUAUCAUUUUAGUUUACAGAUUGGAGUGGAAUUAAAUAAUAAGCGCAGUCUGAUUAUUAAACGAAUAAUUGCAGUGUCAUUAUAGGACUAGCCGGAGGUGCAAUCUGGGGCAUGGAUGUGGUGGUUCCCUGCUUGCUCUUCCUCGCACUGUUGUGUGGGGAGGUGUCAGCGGACUCGUCUGAAGAGUUCGGCGUGAUGUCGUUCGAGCAAGAGUCUGGCGAGUACUCGGGCUCGCUCAUGGCUGCCGCUGCUCAAAAAUCUGUCGCUCCAAGACUGAUUUUGAAUCCGUUUAGCGUGUUCGGGAACCCGAAGUGUUUCUACAACGGCGACGAGGGAAGAUGCUACGGAGAAGUGGAGUGCCUUGCUCUGGCCGGCAACUACGGGGCUUUCUGCCCUGGGCUGCAGGGUCUCUGCUGUCUCUUUUACCGCGCAUGCCACCAGCGGACGUCUCAAGAGGUCUCGUAUUUCCGCAACCUACAGUGGCCGCUGGAGAGCCCCGUAGGCGGAACCUGUGCCUUCAAAGUCAUCCGCCGCUCAGACGACUUCUGCGGGCUCCAGGUGACACCAGAGAAGCUGGAACUCAUGGCGGACUCCCGGCACUGCGAGACCACGGAGGUCGUCAUCAAGGGAGCGGGCAACCGCGCACCCUUGCCGCUCUGCAGGAGCGCCAAGGCAAUGACGUACAAUAUCGACUUCAGCCGCGUGAGUGAAGUUUAUGUUGAAGUGCAGUCGUCAUCUCGGUCAGCCGCGGCCUGGAACAUCAAAUUAACUCAGGUGCCGUGUUCAGAAUUCAGCGGCGAGUCUGUCGACACAGCCAGUGGCCCAGUGGGACCUCCAGUCUCCAGCGGGCCAGUGGGUGGAAGUGGAGGAGGUUCAGGGGGAGGGUCGGUGUUCCCGGAUAUAGUUUUCCCCCCAAUAUUCCCCUUCCUCAAACCCACCACGACGCGCCCCUCUACAUCGCGUCCUAUCACUACAAACAGACCUCCCUCACCUCAGCCUCCUGCCCCGCCCCCAACCAAUGGCGGGUUCCGGGGCUGCGGAAUCAAAGGAUCUGACCGCCGUAAACGCGAUGCUAACAUCGCUGCCACACCUCACGACACUGAGAGCAGAAGCUGGUGGACAAGCCGAAAAACCUCGGCCGCGGCCAACUCUGUGGCAAGCGAUCGUAGGAACCAGCCUGCCGUGGUGGCCAGAGACAAUCCGUUCAUCAGAGACUUGACAUUCGAGGGACCGAAUGUGGAAGACAGUCACUUCAAUUACUGGAGCGGAGCUGCCACUAAUAUCACGUCACGCAUCACGUUCGGCAGGCCAGCAGGCCUACGGGAGUACCCAUGGCAGGUGGCGAUGUUUGUAGGUGGAAGAUACCACUGUGGUGCCUCAGUUAUCGGUGAUAGAUACGUCCUCACCGCAGCACAUUGCGUCAUCAGCUAUCGAGUCAAUCCCGCUCCUCUACGAUUAAGCUUCGGGGACUGGGACGUUAGUAAUAACAACGACGGCCCUUACAUCGAGGGCAAGGUCGAGAAAGUUACCGUGCACGAAUCGUACUCAAGAAGUACUCUACAGAACGACGUGGCGGUACUCAAACUCACGACACCUCUGCAGUACUCAGAUAGAGUGCAGCCCAUAUGCUUGCCAACCUCAGAUAUUCCAACGGACGGUGAGUUGCAAGCCACCAUCACGGGCUGGGGCCGUGACGAGAGCAAGCAGCUGAAGACGAUCUUGCAGGAGCUGACGUCGACCAUCACAACAAACAAGUUGUGUGGCGAGCGAUGGAACAAGAAUGGCGCUCCGUCCAGCUUUAUUGUUGACACUAUGAUGUGCAUGGACGCUUCUGACGGAGAUUCGUGCAAUGGUGACAGCGGAGGCCCAGCGGUCAUGCAAUACCCAGAAGGCUCUCAGAAUUACGUGCAGGUCGGCAUCGUGUCGUUCGGCUCAGGGUCGUGUACAGACAAGGACUUGCCUGGAGUUUACACGAGAGUCUCCAAGUACCGUGACUGGAUCAGACAACAUAUGAACUAAAACUAACGAAUGAAGCCAACGUUUUCAAUUGUAUCAGUAAUCCAGAGCGUUGAGCGUUUAAUUUUGAAUCGUGAGAAAAACCUUAUACAAACUGAUGACGAUGACCGAGGAUGGAUCUUCCUACGCGUGGUUCUCGAUUUUGUAUUAUCAGCCAACUAGAGCUAUCGCAAGCGCAGAGGGGUGCAUUUCACUUUAUCAUGAUCACUUAUAUGCAGAAAUUCGAUCCAUUAUAGAUUUAUAGGUUAUUAAUUGCUUCUGAAUAUAUCUGGAGAAGCCAUUUAUAAUGUCCAACCAUACAGUUCGUUAUUAUUUUCUUUUUUAUGCUGUAUUUGUGGCAGCCAUGUAUAAUGACUUUCGCUGCACUUCAUUAUGAUUGGCUUUUUUAAUGUGGCUUAGUGGCAGCCAUAUAUUAUGACUUGUCAUAACCCUAAUUAUAAUUUACAGUUUUAAACUGUAACUGGAUUGCAGAAAGCAUUUUGUGUUGUAGUUAGUAAGCCUGUUACUUAUUUAUUGGAAUAACUUAUGCUAACUACGCAACUUCAUGAUGAAUAAUAUAUGUAAUUUAGUUAUAAAAAAGUCACAGGAGUGAC